CGCGCGUCAACGCCGCUCGAACGCACAAUCAAAAUGUCCAUGUCCAUCGCUAGCACUGCCACCUUCGCGGUGAACAAGGUGGCCGCGACCUCCAAGGUCGCGCGCUCCGCCAAGGCUGCCAAGUCCAGGUCCUCCGUCGUGACGCGCGUCGCGGCCGAGACGAAGACGCGCGCGCCCGGCCCGCUCGAGCGCGGCGGCACGCUCGAGGGCGAAAAGGCUGCCGGCAAGGACGCGGGCGCCGCCGCGCGCGCCGCCGCCGCGUCGUCCGCCGCGGCGACGCGCGCCGCCAACGCCGACAACGCGGUGUGGUCCGACCCGCGAUGGGUCAACGGGACGUGGGACCUCUCCCAGUUCAAGCUCGCUGACGGCGAGACGGACUGGAACGCGGUCAUCGACGCGGAGGUUGUCCACCGCAAAGCCCUGGAGGAUUGCCCCGCGGUGUACGACGAGGACGGCUUGUUCGACACUUCAAUCGUCCCGUGGUGGGUCUGGGUGAAGCGGUUCCAUCUCCCGGAGGCGGAGAAGAUCAACGGCCGCGCCGCGAUGGUUGGGUACGCGUUCGCGUACCUCAUCGACGCCGCCGGCGGCGCCGGGCUCGUGGACUUGCACCAGAGCUUCCUCGGGAAGACGGCCAUCUUCGUCACCGUCGCGUUUUGCCUCUUCGUGCGGCGUCUGGACGACUUGGACACGCUCGGCGUUCUCGCGGACGAGGCGACGUUCUACGAUAAGCAGUGGAACGCGACGUGGGAGGGCAAGGAGCGCCCGUCCGAUAACAAGUAAUCACUACAGGAGGCGGGCGGAGGGCGUCGAGAAGGGCGCGUGGGGGCGCGCGACGGAGGCGGGGGGCUCGUCGCGCGCGAUGGAGGCGAGGGGAUGAGGUCGAUGAGUGUGAUUGAUUUUUCCGCGAGGAGGAGGCGUUUUGAUGGAUCGACGCGGUCUCUUAGAGUCCGAGUCGAGGCGCGAGGACGCGCGAUUGAAACUAUAUUUUCGUGCUUCU